AGAUGUUCUUAAAAACUUAUCAAAAACCCUAACUUUUUCCCCAAUUUACUAUACGGAGUCAAUUUAGUAUACCAAGUGGAGAUAAAGACUGACGACGUAAAUCAGUAAACAUAUUCAUUCUUAUCCAGGACGCCACGUUUGACGAAUUGUUAUUGAAGGCGUGUUCCUUAUUGCACGAUUUUCGUUUAAUUCGUCGAUCAAAGUUUCAACCUUACGAACAAGUAUUUUGGUACACUUUUAUUGUUCUGAUUUUUGCUGGAAUAUGCGAUUUUGGUAGUCUAGAAUCAUAGUUGAAUGUAAUUUGGUGUCUUCUUUUUAUAUUCUCGUCAUAAUUUAGGUAAAUUGCAAGGGAAGAGAAGAGAAGAGGAUUAUCAUAUUUAACUUGAUGUUAUCAUCAAAGGUUAUUGGGUAUUUAUCCAAAAGAAAAUCUAUAACUUCUUUGAUGGUCUUAGUUUCCCAAAAGCAUGAAAUGGCAGAUGGAAUCUACAUGAAUCUUGGUCAACCCAAAAGUCAAACACAUGAACCACCUGUUGUUAGUACUCUAAGUUCACAUAGAUUCAUGUCAAAUUAUCACUACAGCACUAUACACACAGAUAGUAUUAUAACAAAUACACAACAUAAGUUAUUAGGAAAUAUUCCGAGAUUUGUAAAGAUAGUGGAAGUCGGUCCGCGAGACGGAUUACAAAACGAGAAAGACAUCGUACCCACUUCCGUAAAAGUUGAAUUGAUCAAAAUGUUGGUUGAUUCCGGAUUGCAAGUUGUUGAAGCUACUAGUUUUGUUUCACCGAAAUGGGUCCCGCAGUUGGCAGAUGCAAAAGAUGUUAUUGAAGCAAUAAAAAGUGUUGGUGGUGCUAGAUUCCCGGUUCUAACACCAAAUCUUAAGGGAUUAGAGGCGGCCCUUGCAGCGGGAGUGAAGGAAGUGGCGGUGUUUGCUGCAGCUUCGGAAUCGUUUUCACGGGCAAACAUUAACUGUAGUAUAGAUGAAAGUCUUGCACGUUACCGUGAUGUUACUUCUGCUGCAAGAAAACACUCCAUCCCUGUACGCGGGUAUAUAUCAUGUGUUGUUGGAUGUCCAAUGGAAGGCGAUGUGCAUCCGUCAAAAGUUGCAUACGUUGCUGACGAACUUUAUAAAAUGGGGUGUAAUGAAAUUUCCCUUGGUGACACCAUAGGGGUUGGCACUCCUGGUACUGUUGUUCCGAUGAUCGAGGCUGUUAAAAAUGUCGUACCUAUAGAGAAGCUCGCUGUACAUUUUCAUGAUACUUACGGUCAAGCCCUUUCAAAUAUUCUUGUAUCACUCCAAAUGGGAAUUAGUGUGGUGGAUUCAUCUGUAUCGGGUCUUGGUGGUUGCCCAUAUGCGAAAGGUGCCACUGGUAAUGUAGCCACGGAGGAUGUUGUAUAUAUGCUUAAUGGGCUUGGUGUGAAGACCAAUGUCGACCUUAAAAAGCUCAUGUUGGCUGGUGAUUUUAUCAGGAAACAUUUGGGUCGGCCCACCGAGUCUAAGGCCGCAACCGCCUUGAGUAAAACCACCUUGUUUUGUGCGACUUCCAAAUUAUAAGGUGAUUCAAUGGAAUUUGGAAGUCACAUAGAGUAAAUUCUGUAUGUCCUGGGAUUUUUAAAUCAACCUUCACUCUGUAGCUUCAUAAGUAAUAUUCCUUACCUGCAAAAUUAUCUCAAACACAUAGUGUAUCAAGAUGCAUCAAUUCAUCAUAAACACAUUACAUUUGUUGUAUGAGAUUAUGAUAUUAAGAACAAGUAUUUAUUGUUAAGUUAUAAUUC